AUUUUAGGUCUAUGUAGCUGACUAAGAAAAAAAAAAAAAAAAAAAAAAAAAAAAGAAAAAAAAGAAGAGAAGAGACAAAAGGAGAGAUGAAAGAGCGGGCUUUUCGAAGGACGAUCGUCUAUAUGAUUUUAGAAGCUAAUCAGGAUGAGCCCGAUACUGGCCGUUGAAUUAUUGUUCUUCGCCAUCUUCGGACAGACCACUCAUGAGCAGUUCAAGGUCGAACCUAACCAACCUGAUUGGACCACGAUCCUAUUCAAGCUCGCCUUCGGCAUUUACAUGUUGGUAUCGGUGGUCGUGUUGAUAAACCUCCUGAUCGCUAUGAUGAGUGACACUUAUCAACGGAUACAAGCUCAAUCUGAUAUCGAGUGGAAAUACGGAUUGAGCAAACUCAUUAGAAAUAUGCACAGAACAACCAUGGCGCCGUCUCCUCUGAACCUUUUAACUACUUGGAUAACGUACUUCUUCAAACUCUGCAAGAAACGUGCGGCUAAAAAGCAAAGACCAUCUUUGAUUCAAAUGAUGGGCUUGGAAAGAACUAGAAUGUCGCCACGUUCGAAAAUGGGAGCAAAGUGGCUGUCGAAGGUGAAGAAGACGCAAGUUAUGCACAAGGACAGUGUGGCUUUGUCUGUAGUUCAUUUGAGUCCAUUAGGAAGUCAGCUGUCCUUCAACAAUGUGAUUAGGAUCGACAAUGUUGUUGAUUGGGAUGUCGUCAGACGAAAAUAUCGUGAUCUCUACGGUGAAAAUGUUGAGAAAGCUAUCGAAGAGAUAAAAGAAACUACAGAGAUGGAUCCUUUAAUUGCCUUUGAGGAAGCAUCGUCCAUUGGUCCAGCUAGAAACGCGACGUCUGACUUACCAAAUGCCUGAUGAGGCGAAGAGGAACUCUAAACUCGUCUCUGAUCGACUAGAUAAUUCUUUGUACUUUUAUCGUUCAUAAGAACUUAAGACAUAAGUCUUUUUUUUCAAAUAAACGAUUAGAUCUCGA